AUGUCUUCAGGAUUCGUCAGUGGCGGCAAGGCUGGUGAGGAAGUCGAACGCGAUGAUGAGUGGAAAAAGGCCCAGCAAGAGAUUGAGGAUGCGAGACGCGCCAAAGCCGAUCUAGCGAAGCAGCAAGACGGGAAAAGUCUUUACGAGGUCUUGCAAGCCAACAAAGACAAGAAGCAAGCUGAGUUUGAAGAAAAAGCGCGGUAUAAGCUGCAUGUUGCUCUGGACGACGAAGAAGCCGACUACCUAGAUUCGGUCUUGGAAAAGAAGCGCCAGGAAGAAGCCAAUAUAAAGAAAGAAACAUUUGAACAAUUAGAUUUGUUCCGCAGACAGCGCGAAGAAGCCGAGAGGAAGGCUCGGGGUCUCGAAGAAGAGAGCACAGAAACACCUCAAGAGGAGGAUGCCGGCCAAUGGGCGGCAGUUGGACGAAAGAGGAAGAAGGGUACUGAAGCCGGUCUGCUAAAGGGCGUAAAGCUUAGGAAAUCGAGCACCGUGCCUGAAGAGAAGAACAGCACCAAAGAAGUAAAGGCUACGAAGCAGUCUGCGCCGGAUGUCAAAACGAACACACCUUCUACUACGGGCGGCGGUAAAGGCGUAAAGAGUCCCGCGACAUCAUCCGUGAACGCGACAAAGCCACCAGCAGGGCCACCUUCCUCCAAGCUCGUAAACACACUUUCGCUUGGGUUAGGCUAUGCAUCUUCGGAUGAUGAAGAUUGA